AUGCCUUCAAAGGAGAAAUACACCCACCCGAAGCUCCGAGAUGAGGUCAAGGAAGAUAUCCAGCAAUCAGACAAGGGUGGCGCCCCCGGACAGUGGUCUGCUCGCAAAGCACAGAUGAUGGCCGAAGAGUACAAAAACCGGGGCGGCGGUUACAAGACGGACAAAAAUGACCAGGACGAGUCUCAGAAGCAUUUGGGUAAAUGGACAGAUGAGCAGUGGCAGACGAAGGAGGGAAGUGGACAUGCAAAGCAGGCCGAUGGCACUCGAAAGCGCUACCUUCCAAAGAGAGCUUGGGAAGAUAUGAGCGAGGAGGAGAAGGAAAAGACCGAGGAGAAAAAGCUACAAGGAAGCAAAAAGGGCAAACAGUUCGUGCCGAAUACCCCUCGCGCAAAGUCUGCGAGGAAGAAAGCCAACAACGAAGAGGACGCCACCUAUGAGAGGAGCAAGAAACGAGAGCUUGGGCCGGAGUCGCAAAGUCGCUCGAAGAAGCAAGGCAAACAGGACAACUUGCAGUCCGGGUCAGAUUCUGAGAAGGAGCAUACCAAUACUCGUACCAAGCAAGAACAAGCAUCUCAAAAGGCCGGUCAGAAGCGCGAUCGUGGUCAAGACGCGACGUACGAAGAAACAACCGGAUCCCCAAGAAAAAAACAGAAGAAUCAUGCCGGAAAAUCAAAAAGCAAGUCCAAUGGCUCCAUAGCCCCAACGGACGCGCCAGCUCAAAACCCGCGUCAGAGUCGAGGCCGCCGGAAAAAGGAGACAUAG